AUGUAGUAUAAUAUUAUUGAAUAAAAUAAAAUAGUAGUGAACGUAGUGGAUCCUAAAAUUAAUUAAAAUCAAGAUGAAUUUGUAAUGUACAAUAUUGAAGGAUAAGACAAUCAAGGAAAUUUUUAGAUUUAACAUCGUUUUAGUGAGUUUUAUUAAUUAAGAUCAUUGCUCGUACAAAAAUGGUAAUACUGUUAUAUACCUUCAUUACCUCAAAAAGUAGUUCAAGUAAAUUUAAUUUCUUAAUAAAAAAUAGGGAAAUUUAAGCUUGUAAUUGAUUUAUCAAAGGUUAGUGAUGCUCAAUCAUUUUAUGAAAUAAUUAUCUCACUUUUAAUUUUUGUGGUAUUCUAAUGAAGUUUAAAUAUUUUUACGAUAACAAUAAAUUCAGGAUAGUAAUUCUAAUGAAUAGCAAAAGAACUAUGCGGAUGUAUUGAUAUCAACGUUUCCAGAUUUUGCAGAAAAUGCAAUAGAUUAAGAAAAUGAAACAAAAAUUGAAUAGUUUUUUCUUUUUAUCUAAAAUGCCACUCCAAUUCUCCAAAAUUACAGGGUCAACAUGAAAAAUAAAAUAAAUAUUAGGUAAGAUUUAACAAUAAGUAGCAAAAAUUACUUUGAAUAAAUGAACAUAUUUAAAAACUUUUUUAUACCAGAAUAUGAGGUAAUUUUGCAAAUAAAUGUUGAAAAUUAAAAUAUCUACUAACCAAGGAAGAUAUUUGAAGAUGAUGAAAAUAAUUGUGAUUUGAGUGAAAAUCAGAAGUAAUUCUAUAUCAUGUAUAUUUAGAUUAAAAUUGAAUUGAAUGAAUUUAAUGUAAAAUAAUAUUUAAAUUUAAUAGGUUUUAAAUGAGUUAAUUCAAAAAAGAAAGGAAUUGCAACUAGACAUUUAAUCUCUGAAUGAGUAACUAUAAAAAUAAGUUAAUUAUGUUUCUGAAACUUAAACUAAUGGGUUAAAUAUAAUCAUGAAGUUUAUCACUACAAAAGAAGAAGAAAUAGAAAAAUCAUUGAAUAAAUUGAAAUAAGUGAAUUAUUUUAAUACUUAAAUAGCUGGAGAAAGAGUUGACAAUAAAAGUUUAGAUCUUCAAUCUAAUUACCAAUAAAUUAGCUUCAGAUGUUCAAUUUUUGAAGUAGAUAUUUUUAGAAAAUUAUCAAAAUGUAGUCAGGUAAAUGAGUAGAUUUUUUAAACAAAAUGCUCAAAAAGUAUUAAUCAUAUUCAUUUUUAGAGUGUUUCUUAUUACUAAAACCUAUUAUAAUAAUUAGAAAAAUAAGGUCUUUGA